AUGGCAGGCAUCUUGAGAGGCGUGGUGCCGUAUGUCUGUGGUGGUAAGCCAACGCUUCAAGGAUCUGUUACGGAGCACCAGACUGAACAAGGAGUAUGGUACUUCUUGUAUACACCUCCCAGGCCAUCAACAUCAAUUCUGUACCACUUGCAUGGUGCUGGCGAGAUUUUUGCAUUCGUUCGGAAGGAGGUCUACUGGACAGCCGCCGCCUUGGAACAAGCUGGCAAGUCUGUUCACAUUGUCGCUCCGCAUGACGUCACCAAGUUUGGAAUGUGGGCAGAUGGGAAGAAGGUUCGGAUGGCCACCAGCGUCAUGAAUGAUGUCAUGCCCCAUGCCGAAAGAGGUCUGGUGAUCGAGAAGCGAUGCAUUCAAGGAUUCAGCAUGGGUGGAUUUGGGGCAGCCCUGCUUGGCCUGCGCCGGCCGGACCUUUUUUCCGGCAUCGUGAGUUGGGAUGGUGCUCUUCACAGCUGGGAGACGCUUACUCGCAACCGGGCCUUCAUCGCCAGGGAUCAAUUCGACAACUCAGAAGCCAUGUUUGAUGAGAACUCGCCAUGGAAAGCUGCUGAGGCGUGCCCCAACAAAAACAUGCCCGUUCUCAUUCUGGUGGGGAGCAUGCCAGCCACGCUCGAGUACGGGCGCAGAUUCCACAAGCAUUUGGAAGAUUCUGGAAUGCAACAGAUAACGUUGGUCGAGACAGGCCUGAUUCACUCUUUGCAGCCAUUUCUUGCGGCACAUGGCCAGCAGGCCACUCGAUUCCUUUUUGGGGACUAG